CACCGUUGUCGGAAAAUAGACAAUCAAUAAUCAUAAUUUUGAGCGAGAUGUCGGAUUGGGGCCCAAUUUUUGUGUCAGUUCUGUUGUUUGCGUUGUUAUCGCCAGGGUUGCUGUUUCAGUUGCCAGGACGAGGUCGGUGUGUGGAAUUUUGUUGUUUUCAGACUAGUGGCGUCGCCAUAAUGGUUCAUACAUUGAUCUACUUUGCUAUCAUUUGCCUCUUCUCAUUCGCCGUUAGAAUCCAUCUUUAUCUUGGUUAAAUUCGUUGUUCGUUGUAUUCCUAAAUCCUAACUUUGAGGUUUAAUUUAUGGUUUGUAAACCUAUUUAUACCUUGAAAAUUGUCGCUUUAAAUAUGUUUAUUUGGUUGUUUCGACUUGUAAUCC